GACCAACUUUAAGUCGCAGUUUGUUGACAAUUUUCUACCUCUAAACAUGUGAGGUUGGUGUUGAGUUGGGAAGUUUUUCAAUUAAUUUGCUAAUUUAGGCCAACCACGGCUGUAAAAUGACGGAAACCGACGACAAAAAGCCGCUUAACUUCCAUCAGAUGGAAUUGGACGACCGGAUACUGAAGGGAAUCGCCAAGCUGGGCUGGCUCUGUCCGACCUUAAUCCAGGAGAAGGCCAUUCCGCUACUGCUGGAAGGGAAGGACGUAUUGGUGCGGGCGCGCACCGGUUCCGGCAAGACGGCAGCCUUUUCGAUUCCGAUCAUCCAACAGAUUCUGACGCGCAAAGUUGAGGCGAAGGAGCAGGAGACGACGGUGAUCGUGUUGGCCCCGAGCCGGGACCUGUGCCUUCAGACCGCUAAAGUGAUGGAAGCGCUUACGAUCAAGUGUGGCCGGUUGGUUCGCUGCGUGGAUUUGUCUGCCAAGGUGGACAAGGCGGCGCUGAAGCACAUGCUGGCGGAACGUCCGGAUGUGGUGGUUUCGACUCCGGCCAAGUUGCUGGCCCAGCUGCAGGAGGGAACGUUGAACGUGAAGGACAGUUUGAAGACGCUGAUUGUGGACGAGGCGGAUUUGAUGUUUUCGUUUGGGUUCGAGAGUGACUUGAAAGCGGUGCUGGAUUUUAUGCCGAGUGUCCACCAGUCGGUGCUGGCCUCGGCCACGCUCGAGAAGGACGUGCUCGAGCUGAAGAAAAUCAUCCUGCACAAUCCGGUGAUUUUGAAGCUGGAGGAGCCGGAGAUUGCACCGGCGUCACAGCUUGCUCAUUUUCACAUUUUGGCGGAGGAGGUGGACAAGGCGGCCGUUUUGUACACGCUCGUGAAACUGCAGCUGGUCAAAGGAAAGAGCAUUAUCUUUGUGGACUCGAUCGACCGGUGUUACAAACUCAAGCUCUUCCUCGAGCAGUUCAGCAUACGUUCGUGCGUGCUAAACUCGGAACUUCCGGCGAAGAUCCGGUGCCACACGGUGAGCCAAUUCAACCAGGGCCUGUACGACAUAAUCGUGGCGUCGGACGAGUUGCACGUGCUCGAUCCGGCCGUGAAGGAAAAGAAGGGCCAAAACAAAAAGAAGAUGCUGAAGCAGAUUGCCAAACAGAAGGAAUCGGAAGCGGGAGUGGCGCGCGGAAUCGACUUUCAGUUUGUGUCCAAUGUGAUCAACUUUGACUUCCCGAAGGACAUCAACUCGUACAUCCACCGGGCGGGACGGACUGCGCGCGGUAACAACACCGGCAGCGUGCUGUCCUUUGUGAGCGUCGCCGAAAAGGACAUGAUGGACAGCGUGGAAGACCAUCUGAAGAGCGGCUACGAGCAGAGCGAAACGGUCAUGAAGAGUUACCAGUUCAAAAUGGAAGAAGUUGAACCGUUCCGGUACAGAGCACGGGACGCGUGGCGAGCGGUGACCAAAAUCUCCAUUCGUGAGGCGCGAAUCAAAGAAAUCAAGACGGAAAUGUUCAACUCUGAGAAGCUAAAGAGCUUCUUCGAGGAAAACCCGCGCGAUCUGCAGGCCCUGCGGCACGACCGCACCCUGCACACCGUCAAGAUCCAGGAACAUUUGGGCGACGUGCCCGAGUACAUCGUGCCGGAUUCGCUCAAGCACGUCACGGCCCUCACCACCAAGCGCAAGAAGGGCUACGUGCCCCGGAAACGACCCGCCGCCAGCGACAAGUCCAACAACCCGCUGAUGGUCGAGGGAAUCGACUACGGCAAGCAGAAGCGUGUUUGAGGUGGCAAUAAAGAACAAAAAAAAAGUGUUUCAUUCAA